AUUGGCUUACUUCGCCACCACUCGGAAGAAGUAAACUACAUUUCCCAGCGUGCCCCAUGUCGGGAUCUUGCUUCCGGCCGACGUGUCUUUCAGGAAGAGGAGCGGGUGACAAGUAAGCGACAUGGCGCCUCCGGCCCCCGGCCCAGCCUCCGGUGGCUCCGGGGAAGUGGACGAGCUGUUCGACGUGAAGAACGCCUUCUAUAUCGGCAGCUACCAGCAGUGCAUAAACGAGGCGCAGCGGGUGAAGCUGUCAAGCCCAGAGAGAGACGUGGAAAGGGAUGUCUUCCUGUAUAGAGCGUACCUUGCGCAGAGGAAGUUUGGCGUGGUCCUGGACGAGAUCAAACCCUCCUCGGCCCCCGAGCUCCAGGCUGUUCGCAUGUUCGCUGACUACCUCGCCCACGAGAGCCGGAGGGACAGCAUCGUGGCCGAGCUGGACCGAGAGAUGAGCAGGAGCGUGGACGUGACCAACACCACCUUCCUGCUCAUGGCCGCCUCUGUCUAUCUCCAUGACCAGAACCCGGACGCCGCCCUGCGUGCCCUGCACCAGGGGGACAGCCUGGAGUGCACAGCCAUGACCGUGCAGAUCCUGCUGAAGCUGGACCGCCUAGACCUCGCCCGGAAGGAGCUGAAGAGAAUGCAGGACCUGGAUGAGGACGCCACCCUCACCCAGCUCGCCACCGCCUGGGUCAGCCUGGCCACGGGCGGUGAGAAGCUGCAGGAUGCCUACUACAUCUUCCAGGAGAUGGCUGACAAGUGCUCGCCCACCCUGCUGCUGCUCAACGGGCAGGCGGCCUGCCACAUGGCCCAGGGCCGCUGGGAGGCUGCCGAGGGCCUGCUGCAGGAGGCGCUGGACAAGGACAGCGGCUACCCAGAGACGCUGGUUAACCUCAUCGUCCUGUCACAGCAUCUGGGCAAGCCCCCCGAGGUGACAAACCGAUACCUGUCCCAGCUGAAGGAUGCCCACAGGUCCCAUCCCUUCAUCAAGGAAUACCAGGCCAAGCCUCUCUCUCCCCCCUUUCUCCCCCACCUGUCUCCCCACACCCUGCCCCCACCCUGUGUCGCCUGUGUCUCGCUGAAGGAGAACGACUUUGACAGGCUGGUGCUACAGUACGCUCCCAGCGCCUGAGGCGGGCCCAGAGCAGUCAGGACCUCGAAGCCAGGACAGAGGCCAGGAGUCCUGCAGCUCUCCCCACCUGGCACCCACCCUGCAUCCUCUCUAGGGGCAGGAGCCCAGCCCCAGCACCCCCAUCUGUCAAUAAAUGUCUCCAGAGUGUUCCCACCUGA